CUCUAAUGUUUACAGUGCAUUUUGCCUGAGGACACUGGAAAGAAAUGCCCUAUUUUCCAGAUAACAAAGGCCACAGCAGAGUUGACCUUUUGAUAAUGGGCAAUUCCCACUAACUUGAGCUGGAAGCCAAAGGAUAUAUUAGCAACACACAGAUUGAGGUCAAAAAAAAUACAUCUUCAAGUAGAAAAUUCCUUUCCCAAAAUAGGCCUGGCCCUACGGAGGUUUGGCCUUUAUGUUGAAAAUGAGCAUCACUGAUGUUCUUAGUGCUGCAGAUAUUGCUGCUGCCCUGAAGGAGUGCCAAGACCCAGAUUCCUUCAACCAUAAACAAUUCUUCCAGACCUCUGGCCUGGCCAAGAAGAGUGCUAGUCAGGUGAAGGAUAUCUUCCGGUUCAUAGACAAUGAUCAAAGUGGAUUCCUUGAUGAAGAUGAACUCAAGUUCUUCCUCCAGAAGUUUGAAAGCGGUGCUAGAGUGCUGACCAGCUCAGAAACAAAGUCCCUGAUGGCUGCUGCAGAUCAUGAUGGAGACGGCAAAAUUGGGGCCGAUGAAUUCCAAGAAAUGGUGCACUCUUAAAGCCCUAAAGUCCUUGGACACAGAGAAAACAGAGAAAGGGACCAAACUGCAGAAAAGAAUCCACAAUCUUUGAAUGGGAAAUUCCACAUUCUCCCCCUAAUUUAUUUUUUUUCUUGGAAAGCAUCUGCUACUUACUCAUUGCUCUAGUUACCUAUCAAGACAGUGUGUACGGUCCUACUGCAUUCUGUGGAGCACCUCGGCAGGGCCCCUUAUAUCCUCCAAUAAAAACAAGUAUCUCAUCAUC